AACACAGUUGGCACACGGCCAACAGAAUCACCCGUCCCAUGAUCACCCAGACAGGACAUUCAAAGGGCCUUGGACUUGCAUUGCAAACGCGAUUUUCUACGACGAAAGCGAUUUUCUGCCUAGUUCUGCCGUUCGGUGCUGUCUUGAGUGUGAGACUGGCAUUACCAAAAGCCGCGCGUGAGUAUGGCUAACGGAACGACGCCAUUGCAUGUCGUCUGCUUUGCUGUCUGCGUUGCUUGUUUGAUGCAAGCGGCUGCCCCGGAGUUGACAGGGACAAAAAAGUGGCAUGGCAUGACAAACACGCUCGGAAGCGUCCCGAGCUCUCGGCCGUACUGCCUGACAUCAGACAACUUCGACCUCGUCGACAACGUCAAAGAUGCCCUAAAGAAACUGGACUCCGUCCUCCGACCUCCGUCAUCCAACGACGUGCCAGAACCCCCUGAGAAGUACUGUCUCGCCCCCGACCAUCUGGACCUCAUCGACGACUUAAACCAUGCAUUGGACAAGCUGAACUCGAUCCUUCGUCCUAAAUCGUCGAAGCCACCGGAAACCCUUCAGGAGGUGUGCCGUGCCUCGGACCACCUCAUCAGCAACGUGAAGCGCAUCUUUGAGAAACUUGACAACGUGGUUCUCCGCCCUCCGUUUCCAAACAUGCCAGAGACCAUCGCAAGUAUUGUCGACCACAUGAAUGUGGAAGGACUCAAGAACCUCAAGCUCGACGGAGACAUUUCCAAGAGGUGCACCGAGCACGGACUAUCCGUCCACUUCAGUGUGAGCUCAUCCAGGCCGAUCGAGCUCACGGUUAUUCGUAAAUACCUUAGAGAAGCGAGCGCGACCAUACGCUCGUCCUGGGUUCGUAUCGAGGGCAGCGUUUCUAAGAAAAAGGAGUGUGACAGUACGUGCAUUCUGGACGAGUGUUUCACGGUGCGCGCGAAAGUCGUCGACAUGGGAGCGGUGACUGUGGACAUGCCAGAGAUGGAUCCCCGCUUACAGCAGUACAUGCCACAGGUGAACGCGGUCCUCGAUGGGAAGCUCGACUUUUCGUGGAAGAUUUCCGUGGAGUCUCUGUUGAUUGACGCCAUCAGAAAAGGCUUAGCUGUUCAGGUUACGCCCUGAUGCAAAGUUUAAGCCGUUUGUGCUACAAUAUGUGGAGAUUACGAUGUCUUCAAGAGUAUAUGCUCUGUGUUGUCUCUGUCGGAAGCGCUUUUUGGAGUGAACAUUUGACCGGUCGCCAGUUCACCGUCUGAGAAGACAAUAGACGAGUUCAGAAAAUCCCAGUGCUCUUUGCGCACGCGUUGCAUCUUGGGCGCUUGCUGAGCGGGGGAACGAAGAAUAAUCCUUCACAUUUCGCUUUCGCUGACCUUGACACGUCGUGGACAAUAGACCGGUAGGGUAGAAAUCUGAACAGUUUGGAGGCCGUCCGUUUCUUUCGUAACAAUAAACUCCCACAGUUCAAAGCGACGCAAAGCACUCUGGGAUUUUCUGAACUCGUCUAGAGUAGAGUAGAGUAGAGUACCGUGCACCUAAUCCCUUUUGAUACAGGGCAGAUCCCAAAAAUAGGUUCACAGGUGCGAAAAAAUAGACAAAAAUAGAACUAACUAGAUAAAAACGUGCACACACACACACAAAAACACACAUUGUCACUUAUGUCUGACCAGAUGUUGUCGAUUUUUGUUUUUUUAGUUGCUCCCACUUCACAAGGCGGCGCUGCGCAUGGUUGAGCCGUUCUGUCGAUGUGGUUUCGGUUUCCCAGAAUGGGCAGGCGACGGGGUCUUGAUGGUUUUCUGCGGUUUCGUGGCUCUCUGGUUGAAGCUCGUCACAUUCUGUCAAUAUAUGAUAUAGACUCUCCAUCCCCUUGCCGCAUAGCUGACAGGUGGGAUCCACUUCUUCAAAAAGUUCAUUCCUCCUGACAUUUGUUAGCAGACACCCCGUACGUGCUUGGAAAAGCAGCGCGCUGGCUCUGUCUCCUGUAUAUUGGGUGCAAACUUCGGGUUUCAACUUGUGGUUACCGUACCAUUUGAGGCUUUGCUUUUUCUUUACAUUGUUUUUCCAUUCUUCAGUCUCCGUCGUUUUGAUUUCUUCGGCCGUGAUCUUUGACCACUCUCUCUCGUUGCGGGCUUUGUGGCGCCUCGUGCCUCUGCUAUAUUUCCUAUCGUACUGGUUUAUUUUCUUUAUCCAGGCUGUUUUGAUACCGAGGUAUGGGGAUGCUGAAAAAUUCUUUUUGAAAUGGAUGUUUCCGGUAGGCGUAUUAAUCGUCCUAGGUAAUGCGUCUAUUCAGAUUGCUCAUAGAUGGCAGCACGUGUUGUGGCAGCUUUGUUUGUCCUAUACAAACGCGCACUCUACGGUUUACGAAUGGCGCGACUUUAGAACGCUCUGCUCUGCAGUACAUUUCGGUAUCGUUGGCGGCCGUAUGUUGUACCAAUUCAUGUAAGAUCGGGGUUUUCGCGACCUCGACCUGUGCAUUUGUCUGCGUAUUUCUGAUCGAGAGCAAGAGUGAAAGUCAGAGCCAUAACAUUAUUUAGCUGCAGUACGUAUUUCGCUCUCACAAGGAUGUGAGUGGACUCUGCUUUCCUGGCUCGGGAGAGAUUCCUCGCUAUAAUACAGCAAUGUAGACACAUUGGCUAUGUUGUGGAGAGUUGCGUUUAGAAUGGUUCGUGUUUCAUAAUCUUUUGUGAAGUAGACAAAUAGCGAAUGACAAAAUAAACUUAUUUGGAGUAUA